AUGUCUUCUAGCAAGUAUAGGAAAUGCAUUAUUUUUAUUGUAACAUGUGCUAUAAUUCUGUGUUCCGUAACUCUUUACAAUAAUAUCGUGCAGAGAUGUCAAGCUCUUAGUGUUAAUAUAUCGAAGUCAAGAAUCAUCUGGUUUCCAGGGACAAAGAAGAGUGAACAUGUGAAAAUAAACCUAGCCUUCUUUAAAUUGGACUUAGGGUUAUUGUCCCACAAUUUUUUGGGGUUGCCAGAAAAGAAAAUACUAGGAAAAUUUCCAGCUCCUUUCCCUGGGAUUGGCGUAGUAAAGAAUGCGGAAGCUGGUACUAUCACGAACACAAUCUUGGCUGUUGCAAGAAAUUAUAUCAACAGCUACCAUAUAGAACUACUCCUCUUUUUAUUGUGUUCCGCAAUUUUUGUUAGCAUCUUUCAAAGUUCGUGGUCUGUCCAAUACGGAUUAAACAUUAGUAAGAAAAGUCUUUCAAGUCACAAUAGUAAUACAGAAACUUCAGAAUAUGGCAGAGUUUCCAUUGAGCACCAGAACAUAUGCUAUACGAGGUCUAAUACAGAAAAAGGAAGGGAAGAAAAAGAUGUGAAACCUUUCAAAAUGCAUUUUGAUGUAGAAGCACAACAAAAUGCUGACGUUUUUCCCAAAAAGGAAAUGCUCCUAGUAAAGACUACACAUUUCAAUAACCCACCCUACAACUUCGAGAAAGCAAUUGAGGGUGAGUCAGGAACCCUUGAGAAAGGUUUUGACCGUCAUAACUACUCUUUUCCUUGUAUAAAAAUUACAAAAAAAAUGGAUUAUUCUGACUCAAAUCGGGAAGCCAAAGUUCCAAUGAGAAGAUAUAACGUCCAGCGGCUCUCAAGAUCACAAACGCAAGGUAAAGAGAUUGCUAUGCCAUUAAACACUACAUCAUCUGGCGAAUAUGGAAAAAAAGUCCUAUAUAAGAAGAAUUUUUUCCCGGUGAUAUUAAUUGAUCCCAAUGUAAAACUCAAUCAACAAUCUUCAAAUCAGGGCCAGCCACCACCAGUUCUCAAAAGUGUAUAG